UGUGACCUGCCCGGCAAUAGCAAGCACUCCUUACGGCUGUGGAAGAUGCUGCUGACGAAGCUAUCCGAUGUCUUGGACCCAGCUCUGGACAUGUUGGCCAACAUGCCCAUGACCAUGGUUGGUUCAUCUGCGUCUGAAGUUUUGGACGUGAUCGGAGAGAUCAGAGUGUCGAUGCUGACCGAUGAACAGCUGAUGAACAGCAGCGUCAUCAGAGAAUGGUUCUCCAUCCGUCUGAGCGGGUUCCUGCCGUAUGCGUCAGCAAGGUUCUUGCACUGUCUUGGUGGCAGGAACUUCAGCUGUCAUUCAUACCAGCAAAUACUGCAAGAAUUCAUCCACCAUUUUAAUAACAUGACCGGUGAAAAACAGCAUGUGGUCGCCAGUGAUUUCAUCCUCCGUUUCCUGUCGCACCCACAAUCAGGUCCGGGCUGCGUGUCCUUCUCCAACAGCAGUGAGGAGUGGCUGAUGAAGAAUUUUGGUCCGUUUUCCACCGUGAUGUCCAUCAAGUUUCUGCUUCCUCUCAACCCACUCUUCAACCCUCUGGAGGUCCUACAUCUCCUGACUCCAGAACAGAUGGCAGAGGUGCUCGUGCUUCUUCUUCCCGCUUCGCAAGAGAAAGACGUUCUCACAAAUACCAUCUUUAAUCACCUGACUGAGCCUCUUGAUGAGGGGAAAUUUGAUAGAUUUCUCCGAGGCCUCCCCUAUUUCAGUUACAAGGCACACCUUUCCUGCUCAUCAUACAAAGCAAUCUUUGCAAGACUGGACUCGGUUUUGCCUGUAGUUUCUCUUUCUUUAGCAUCAAUCAUCACAGAAGUCAAGACACAGUUAUCCAUGCUCAUACCACCAGGUUGCAUCAUAUACAGUGGACAGUGCAAUGUUACGAUGACAAAUGAAACAGACAUUUGUAUUGGAGUGAACAGCACGAUGCUGCAGCUCCACCUCACCAGCGGUCACAUGAACGGACGUUUCUGUGAUUUUCCUGUUGAGGAGUUCGCCUGUACCACCCUGUCAGGGUUGACAGCAGAAGAUCUGGCGGCGAUAUUGGCAUGUAAUCGCUCCUCCAUGUCCGGCGGCUCGACACCCGUGUGGAAGCUUCUCCUCUCCAAAGCCUCACGUGUGCUGGACAGAGCUCUGGAUCUGCUAACCAACACGACUCUGGACCCCAGAAAUCCUGCUGUUUCAAUGAUUUUGGACUCCAUACGAGAAAUCCGACUGGACUCGAUCAGCAUGGCCAGCCUCAACAAUCCCGCCAUCGUCCAGCUGUGGUUCAAACGACGGCUUCGCCCAUUCCUGCCCGCCGCCUCCCCCCAGUUCCUCUCAUGUCUCACCACAAAGGAGUUAAACUGCAGCACCUACCAGCAGAUAGUGCAGAUUUUGAGCCAUCUACAGCUGCACAUGACACACUCCACGCAGAUGUCUAUCUACACUCACUUCAUCGAGGAUUUCCUGACCAGGAACACCACAGACUCCAGCUGCAGCUCACACACUAACAACAGUGGAGAAUGGCUGAAGAGGAACUUGGGAGGUUUCUCUGCCCUUGUGUCCUUCAAGGAUCUGCAGAUGUUGAAUCGCAACUUUUCAGCGAUGGAAGCCCUACCGCAGCUGACUCUUAAACAGCUGGUAGAGGUGUCCUCCACACCCGGCCAGCUCACCUCAGGAGCCCAGGUAGACAUGUUGAUGAAGCAUGUCCCCAACAAAUUCCUCCCCACCUUCUUUGAUGACUACUCCCCUGCUAUCAUGGGUCAUGAAAACAUGUUCCCCUCUGCGGUGAGGUCAGCCAUGUUGCAGGUUGUGUUUGAUCGUGCAAACCUCUCAGAUCACUCAGUGGGAGAUUCUGCUGUGUCCGUGUGGCUUCACAGCCGACUGCGCCCCCUCCUGGUUGGUCUGUCGCCGCAGCACGUCGGUCCGUUCUUCAGGAUACUUGCAGGAAGAAACUGCAGCAUCGAACAACAGGGGUGAGUGUAGAACCACGAGCACUGACUUUAAUGGUUUAUUAACACUGGAAUCAAAUUUAUUUUUGAAUUAGAUCCUUUUUUGUAAUGCCUCUUUGGGAU